GAAUCUUUUGGGGAAGAGAAUCUGACAGCUGAAACUCUUGACGAACAUGAGAAAAAUGAAAUUUAUAUCAAGGCUGCUGGAUCAUCUAAACAUGGCCAUAUAUUUGGACUUGGAGUACUAAUUGAGGCUCUACCAUCUGUUGGUGUUUCUUCAAGUGCACCACAAACUUCUGAAGAAGUAGAGACGAUAACGCAUCGGCUACAAGAGAUGGAAACUGAUCUUAAAAAGAGCUUUGAAGAGAAUCUGCAAACUCAGAAAAGACUUGAAGCUAUGGAAAAACUUGUUGAGUCUCUUAUGUGCAGAGCUUGUUCUACCAUGAGGGUCGUGUUAGUGGAAAAGCCACAAAUGGAUGGUUUAAUGAUCAAGACUACACCGUGCUACAAACGUUUUUGCUGCUUAACUGUGACACCUUCGAACCUUAUGAACGAGCUAAACCAUCGAAGGGUACCUCCUGGAGCUGUACCAAAUGGAACUGUACCACCAGGAGCCACACGAUCUCCAAGCGCUGCGUCGUCACAUGCAAACAACUACAGCCAGAGAACUCUUGAUGCAUUGCUGAGUGCUCCUGAAAGAGAAUCCCAGCCACACCUGCACCCGAGGAAGCUUAAUGGAGCUUUAUGGUUUGGUAUUGACCCCUCUGUCUACAAAUUCGUUCGCACAACAUGGCAAAGCAAUUUCAUGGGACCGUGGAAGAACUGGUCAGAUGUUCCUGAGGAUAGGCAAGAAAUUUGGUGGCACACAUUUGUGCAACACUACUACUGGGAAGCUCGUUUUCAUGACAUAGUCUACUUUCUUUGGAAGAAGGAGACAAUGACAUCAAUUGGUGACCGCAUCAGCAAGAAGAAGGGGAAGAACAAGAAACCCAAGUACAUUGGCGAAACUGAUUGGGACUUUCUGAUGGAGUAUUGGGAUACAGAACCAGCUCAAAAGAAGAGCAAGUCAGCUGCUGGGUGCCGCAUGUCUGAUCCUCUUAAUAAAGGAAUUCACAAGCAUUGUGCAGGCCCUCGAGCAUUUGCACGGAUUGAGUAUCAAAUGGCAAGUAUGGUUGAGUCUGGUUUGGAUGAACCACCUCCCUUCACAGACCUUGUGAGGAGGACUCACACUCGUAAAGAUGGUACUAUGGACGCUCGUUCGGAGUCUCUUGUACUCGAAGUAGAAGAAGCGGCUAAACAGGUUAUGGAAGAGGAUGAUUCUCUCAAUGACCAGACGGCCUCAUCUGGUGGUCUUCCUUCUCGACUUGUGCUGAACAAAGAAUAUCUCAAGCGUGGUAAGUCUAAAAGAGGGUAUAUCUACGGAUUAGGCAGUGUACAAUACCGGGAAAUCAAUCCAUCCGAGAAAGUGGCUGUUGCUAUGUCUCGCAACCUUGACAAUGAGAUGCGCAUCUAUGGUUUGGAAAAAAACAAUGAAGCACUCAAGGAAACCAAUGAGGCGCUCAAGGAAGACAUGGUGGAGCUGAAGUCUGGCAUGGGCACGGUAAUGGAUGAGCUGGCUGUAACCCGACUUGCGCUGAAUGCGAUUAUGCAGUCUCUGGGAGUUCGUCUUGCUCCAAGUGACGUUGUGGCUCGUGCUGCUGCUGCUGCUGGUCUCGGUUGUGCUGGUUCCACUGCUGGUCGUGAUGGUCCUCCUGUUGCUGCGUCUGCUGCUGCUGCGUCUGCUGGUGCUACGUCUGCUGCUGCGUCUCCUGCUGUGUCUCCGACAGACCCUCCUACAAGAACACAACAAGGCAACUUAGAUGCUUGGUGUGCUUCAGCAGGUUUAUAAGUUUCUGUUUUUUAUGUUUCUUUUGUAUGAAUGGGGUCUUUUGUAUGACUAAAAUUAGCACCCUUUU